AUGACGCUGCUGCCCUUCAGAUUUGGUUCUCAGGUUAUUCUAGUUAUCGUUGCAACUCCUGCUUCCAACCCCUCUACAGGUUUAACUUCCAGCACCAUUCGACGAUGAUGAAAUACGUUCUAGUUUUGGUCUUGCUGGCAGCAGCAACUGCCACAGCAGACGACACAACAGCAGACGACACAACAGCAGAAGUUGCAGGUGAAGAAGAAAUAGAGGUAGCAGAAGGUACCUGUGAGAUUGAUGGCGUCACCUAUCAGUUCAACGAUGAACUCCCAUCUGAUGACCCAUGUACUCAAUGUUACUGUCACGGCCAGCCAACACCCUUGUGCACGAGGGUAUACUGCGACUGGCCAGACUGCCCUGAAGGCUACGAGAUCUUCUACCCAAAAGACGAGUGCUGCCCUGGAUGUCAGCCCAUCCCGUAAAGAGGGACACCUUGUCUGACGAUGGCCUGAAGGUGAUUUUAUCAUCGAUAAAAAACUGAAACAUGAAUCAUAAAUAAAAAUAUUUAAAUCAUCG